AUGGCGUCGGAUACAAGCUCCUUCGAGCUGAGGGAAAAACAUGGAUCUCCACCCAACACCGGCGAUCACUCGACCGACACAGAGGACUCCCCUAUGACCCUCAUCGAUGAAGUCGAUGUAGAGACCCUCACAAGAAUCGCCACCCAACGAUCUCGCCGCCAAUCGACCUGGGGAGGUGACUCGUUGACCGCCCUUGCCGAACAAGACCCAGCCCUUGAUCCCCAAUCGGGUAGCUUUGACUUGCGAAAGUGGCUCAAGCUUGCUUUCAAGGAUAUCAGCCGAGAUGGCCCUCAGGGACAUACAUCGGACGUUAUUUUCAAGGAUCUCAAUGUAUAUGGAUCUGGUGCUGCAUUGCAGUACCAAGAUACCGUUUCAUCGACAUUGACUGCUCCAUUACGCCUGCCCCAGUUGUUCCGUCACUCUAAGUCGCCUCAGAGGCGCAUUUUGAAAGACUUCAAUGGCCUGAUGAAGAGUGGCGAGCUAUUGCUCGUGCUGGGCCGUCCGGGUGCUGGCUGCAGUACCCUUUUGAAGUCCAUUACUGGAGAGCUGCAUGGUCUGCAGAAGGAUUCCGAGAGUGUCAUUCAUUACAAUGGAAUCCCCCAAUCUCGCAUGAUAAAGGAGUUCAAGGGUGAACUAGUAUACAACCAGGAGGUUGAUCGGCACUUCCCCCAUCUGACCGUUGGUCAAACACUGGAGUUCGCUGCCUCGACCAGGACUCCCACCCAUCGAUUCGAAGGCAUGUCCCGAGCGGAUCACGCCCGGUAUGUGGCCGAGAUCACAAUGGCAGUCUUUGGACUCUCACACACCUACAACACGCGCGUCGGAGACGAUUUCAUCCGCGGUGUCUCGGGUGGAGAGCGCAAGCGUGUCAGUAUUGCAGAGAUGGCUGUGGCUCAUGCUCCAAUUGCAGCCUGGGAUAAUUCUACCCGAGGAUUGGAUUCGGCCACCGCAUUGAAGUUUGUUGAGGCUUUGCGUCUGUCUUCUGAUAUCACCGGCUCAACCCACGCAGUCGCGGCUUAUCAAGCCAGUCAGAGCAUCUACGAUGUCUUUGAUAAGGUGAUUGUUCUCUAUGAAGGCCAUCAAGUCUACUUCGGAACCGCUGCCGGGGCCAAGUCAUACUUUGAGGAACAGGGUUGGGAUUGCCCGGCUCGACAGACCACUGGAGAUUUCCUCACCUCGGUGACCAAUCCCCAGGAGCGCAAAGCCAAGCCUGGCAUGGAAAACCGUGUCCCCCGCACCCCCGAAGACUUCGAAGCCGCAUGGCUCAAAUCUCCUCAAUACAAGCAACUGCAGGGCGAGAUUGCUGAUUAUGAAGCGAAGAACCCUAUGGUCCAGGAUGCGCCUGCAGCUCUUGAACUGCAGGAACGGAAGCGUGGUGCUCAAGCCAAUCACACCCGGCCCAAGUCUCCAUACAUCAUCAGUGUUCCCAUGCAGAUCAAGCUCAAUACCGUUCGCGCGUAUCAACGACUAUGGAACGAUGCUGCCUCGACUGUUUCCACUGUCGUCUCCAAUAUCAUUAUGGCUCUCAUCAUUGGUUCUGUAUUCUACGGGACAGCAGAUGCAACUGCCGGCUUCACGUCAAAGGGUGCAACUUUGUUCUUUGCCGUCCUCCUCAACGCCCUUACAGCUAUGUCCGAAAUCAACAGUCUUUACUCCCAACGCCCUAUCGUCGAGAAACACAACUCAUUCGCCUUUUAUCACCCAGCCACGGAAGCCAUUGCUGGUGUCCUUUCUGACAUACCAGUGAAGUUUGCUUUGUCUGUUGUCUUCAACAUCAUUCUAUACUUCCUGGCUGGUCUGAAGCGUGAUGCAGGCAACUUCUUCCUCUACUUCCUCAUCACAUUCAUUAUCACGCUUGUUAUGAGUGCAGUCUUCCGCACACUGGCAGCUAUUACGAAGACAAUCUCGCAGGCGAUGGGUCUGGCAGGAGUCAUGAUUCUUGCCCUUAUUGUCUACACCGGUUUCGUCCUCCCUGUUCCAUCCAUGCAUCCAUGGUUCGAAUGGAUCCAUUACCUCAACCCUAUCUACUAUGCCUUCGAAAUUCUGAUUGCAAAUGAGUUCCACGGUCGCGACUUCCCUUGCUCGAGCUUCGUGCCCUCCUAUGCCGACCUGUCGGGUAGCGCAUUCAGUUGCUCGGCAGCUGGUUCGGAGCCUGGCUCGUUGACUGUCAAUGGUGACCUCUACAUCCAACUGAACUACUCCUACAGCUACAGUCACGUCUGGCGAAACUUCGGUAUCCUGAUAGCAUUCUUGGUUGGCUUCAUGCUCAUCUACUUCGUCGCUUGCGAGUUGAAUUCCUCCACCACAAGCACCGCUGAGGCCCUUGUCUUCCGUCGCGGUCAUGCGCCUCCCAGCAUGCAGGACAACAAGAAGUCCGGAUCUGAUGUGGAAAACACCAAGAACCCAGUUGUGGCCGAGCGCACUACAACGUCUGAUGACAAGGGCAUGGGCGCCAUUCAACCUCAGACUGAUGUUUUCACUUGGCGCGACGUGUCCUACGACAUCGAGAUCAAGGGUGAGCCUCGCCGACUUUUGGACAAUGUUUCUGGAUGGGUCAAGCCCGGAACUCUCACUGCCCUUAUGGGUGUCAGUGGUGCCGGUAAGACCACUUUGCUCGAUGUCUUAGCCCACCGGACUUCCAUGGGUGUCAUUACCGGUGAUAUGUUUGUCAAUGGUACUGGCCUCGAUGACAGUUUCCAGCGGAAGACUGGCUAUGUCCAGCAGCAGGAUCUUCACCUUGACACUGCUACUGUACGCGAAUCUCUUCGUUUCAGUGCUAUGCUGCGUCAGCCUGCUUCGGUCUCGAUCAAGGAGAAGUACGAUUACGUCGAGGAUGUCAUUAGAAUGCUGAAAAUGGAGGAGUUUGCAGAAGCCAUUGUUGGUGUUCCUGGCGAGGGUCUGAAUGUCGAGCAGCGCAAGCUGUUGACUAUCGGUGUUGAGUUGGCUGCGAAGCCCAAGCUGCUUCUUUUCUUGGAUGAGCCUACCAGUGGUCUCGACUCUCAGAGCUCUUGGGCUAUUUGUGCAUUCCUUCGCAAGCUUGCCGAGCAUGGCCAGGCAGUCCUCUGCACCAUCCAUCAACCCAGCGCCAUCCUCUUCCAGCAAUUCGAUCAGCUACUGUUCCUCGCCCGUGGUGGUAAGACCGUAUACUUCGGUCCAGUGGGAGACAACUCCAGCACCAUGCUUGAGUACUUCGAGUCAAACGGCGCACGUAAGUGUGCCGACGACGAGAACCCUGCGGAGUACAUGUUGGGUAUCGUGAAUGCCGGCAAGAACGACCAGGGCCAGGAUUGGUUCGACGUGUGGAAGCAGAGCGAUGAAAGCAAAGGAGUUCAGACUGAGAUCAACCGUAUCCACGAAGAAAUGAAGGGCAAGACCGAUUCUUCCGAUGAGCACGACUCUGCCAAGAGUCACGCUGAAUUCGCCAUGCCUUUCUGGUUCCAGCUCUACCUCGUCACAUACCGUGUGUUCCAGCAAUACUGGCGCAUGCCUAGCUACGUUCUGGCCAAAUGGGGUCUCGGUAUGGCCUCUGGUCUCUUCAUCGGUUUCUCCUUCUACCAAGCCAAGUCAUCUCUCCAGGGAAUGCAGACGAUCGUUUACUCACUGUUCAUGCUCUGCACUAUUUUCUCGUCAUUGGCGCAACAGAUCAUGCCCGUAUUCGUGACCCAGAGAUCCCUCUACGAGGGCCGUGAACGUCCCAGCAAGUCCUACUCCUGGAAAGCCUUCCUGAUCGCCAACAUGGUCGUCGAAGUCCCCUACAUGAUCGUAAUGGGUGUGUUGACAUAUGCCUGCUACUUCUACGCCGUCGUCGGAAUCCCCGACUCAGCAACCCAAGGCACAGUCCUCCUCUUCUGCAUUGUCUUCUUCAUCUACGCUAGUACCUUCACUCACAUGGUGAUCGCCGGUCUCCCAGACGAACAAACCGCCAGUGCAGUCGUCAUCCUCCUCUUCGCUAUGUCCCUCACUUUCUGUGGUGUGAUGCAGCCCCCAACCGCAUUGCCCGGCUUCUGGAUCUUCAUGUACCGUGUCUCGCCCUUCACCUACUGGGUCGGCGGUAUGGCCGGCACCCAGCUACACAACCGCGCGGUCGUUUGCUCACCGGCUGAAGUUUCUACUUUCAGUCCACCUUCUGGCCAAACUUGCAUGCAGUAUAUGCAGAAGUAUAUCAACGCCGCUGGUGGGCAGCUGCUUAACCCGGAAGCCACUAGUGAUUGCAACUACUGCUCGCUCACGGUUGCUGAUCAGUACUUGUCUUCGACGGGCAUCGAAUACUCCCAGAGGUGGCGCAACUUUGGUAUCAUGUGGGCCUUUAUUGCUUUCAAUGUCUUCAUGGCUGUUGUCAUGUACUACCUUGUCCGUGUUAAGCGCUGGAACUCCGCUGAUAUGAAGGAAUCCUUCAAGAAGCUCAUUCCUGGCAAGAAGUCGAAGAGCGGUAACUAG